AUGGUGCUGCACACUGUCCGCAUUAUCCUUACGGGGGUGGCACUGGAUUUCAGCCAUGCGGGAGUCAAAUAUAUCCACCCGGGAUCGGGAUACCCCGAUCGGAGCUACUAUGAUGCAUGGUUUCAUUUCCUUACACAUCAAGGACAGGGAUCUCCCCAGCCAAAUCCCAAUUGGCCUCGGCCACCAAAUGACAAUUGCAAGAAAUGUCCUCCUGGGCCUAAAGGGGACAGGGGUGAUUCAGGGCCGAGAGGUGAACAGGGCCCAGAGGGGAAACAAGGUGAAUAUGGACCAAAGGGAGAUGACGGCGACAAAGGCGACAAGGGUGACAGGGGUGAUAAAGGCGACAAGGGUGAUAACGGCGACAAAGGCGAAAAAGGCGACAAAGGUGACAAAGGUGACAAAGGUGACAAGGGCGACAAAGAUGACAAGGACGACAAAGGUGGCAACCAACGUCCUAAUAAUAGCACAACUCAACAAGACUUGUCACUCUUGGAGCUCGAAACCCUUCGGCUUUGCCAGCCUAAGUCAAAUACCGAUGGCAAAGAAGUCAAGGUUGGUGGCGUAACAUAUAAGAUAACCUGUCGGCGAGUCAUUGCUGGGGAAAAGUACAGUGUAUUCAACACUCAUCAUCUUGAAGAGGCUAUGGUCAUUUGUUCAACCUUGCCCGGCUGUGAAGCAGUUGGCGCUAGCGGCAGCUCCAUCGUCACAUGGAACCCCAAUCGUGAUGUCGAAACAGCCCCAUCACCUGAAGGAAUUGUUGCUGUCGCAAUGCAGGCUCGACCAUCGAAAGAUAUCCCACAAAACAUCAAGAAGGCGCGAGAGAGCGAAUGCCCAGAUAUCCAUGAAUCAACAUUGGAUGUGGGUGGCGUCAAAUAUGAAAUCUUCUGCACAAGCAAGAGGGACACGCUCAAAAACCCCGUGAAAACAAUGAGUGCGGAGAAAAAUCUUUUUGAAUGUCUUGCACUAUGCUCUUCAGUGUCAACCUGCAGAGUUAUUGCACCAACAGGGCCUACACAGAAGUGCUCAAUUUCUGACAGGCAGGAGUCAGGGUUUGAAAACGAUAGAGGAGAGAGUAGGAUCUAUUGGGUCGCUCGUGCUAUGAAUAGGGGCUAA